ACGGUGUUAAGGUUGAGGUUCUGUCUUUGAAGCUCUUCGAAGACUGACAACUCGUAACGCCUCACUGUUUCUCUCCCACCGGCGGAACUUCGAUACAUCGUAGACAUUGGACCAACCGAGACCAGAUAGCAUGUAUCCUACCCUUUCGUUUUACCCAAGAUCAAGUUAAUUCGCCGUCGCUUCGUGAUUUAACUCCAGGGUGCUCUUUAAUUCUCACCCACAUUUAUCGAGGGAGUAUUCUGAGGCAUAUAUAUUCUUGUAUUGCUGCCUGUUGAGCACACAUCUACAAGAUACCCACCCACAUAGUAUCGAGCCUUCUGCUCGAAUUCUCACUCAUUAUCAGGAAGGCAUUUAUAGACUGACACCGCCUGAAUCCAAAUCCAUCUCAAUCUCAUCAUUUCAAACCCAGCCCCUACAAUGUUCCUCCUACCAUGCUGCCUCGGGCGAAGUCGAAAGCUAGAAACGUCCAAAGUCGAACAGCCCGCAGAUAACGAUAUUUCCAGCUGCUCAGACUCAGAGGUGGUUUCGGCGACGAAAGAAAUUGAGCCAAAACUACCACAAGCCGCGCCAACUCCCAGACGGACUAGAACUACGGACAGCAACAAAUCUGGAAUGAGAUCCCGCUCUUCAAUCCUGUCUUGGUGUAGCGUCACUAGUGUUAUCAACUUUUGUACCUUGAAGUCCUCCGAACCUUCUCCAUCCAUGCAAGCAUCCCCCUCAACCAUUCCAUGUACGUCACCGAUUCUCGCCGCCAACCCACGCACGAAAUUAAAUGAUAUUAGCUCAAUUCUCAGUUUGAUAAUCCAGGAAGAAGGAGAAGAUCAACUCCCCAACCGGCGCCAGAGCUAUUCUGACGAUCCGUUUGCGCCUCCUACCCCGCGAGCGACUCGUUUUGGUAGUUUUUCCAACUGCUCUUUAGCCGAUCACACCACACUGAGGAGUUCUGUUCAGAGUACUCCAGCCGAAGCAAACAAUUUGAACACAAGCAACAUCGAGGAUCGCACUUUGACAUUGCCUGAAAGCGUUUGUCUGCCCAACAUCGACCGAUUGUCUAAAUUCGACUUCAAUGAAUGGAAUCCUAAGUGGAUCAAGAAUUCUCCUGUAAUACAACCCAUCCCGGUCGGCCACCUCUCAAUGUCUACCAUCAGGAUGUCUCCCAGCCCAACACUCACAUAUCGCCCCCAACAGUUCGCGCGACGCGGCUCUCGGACACCUACGCUCAGCAGCCACACUAACUACUCUUCACGGACUGAAGAUAGCAAUCAAAUACCUCCUCCACAAGUAUAACCACAUCGAGAGGCCCCCGAUCAGUUUAUACAUAUCUACUCUUCUUUACACUCUUUGGAAUAAUCCCGUUGUCAAGCUUUUAAGUAGCGCUUGCUCUUUACGCAAGGUAAUCUACCCCGUCACUGGAAAUAUACCCUGCUUGAAGUUAUCCAUAAUCACUAUAAAAACUUCCAGUUAUCUCAUUCCGCUCUUUUCAUGCGGCUAUUCAAUCAUCGUGCUCUGAGAAAUAAUUCACCCCAGUCCAUUUCUUUCACAUCACACUCAUUUCAUUCGAUAAACAGUGUAUCCUGCCCCGGAGUUAGGCAUAUCUAAUCCUUCACACGUCUGGAAUGACAUCCAUUGUAUCUUUUCUCUCUGCUUCCUAUAACUUGCUCUCAAGUUGUGUAGUGUUUUCUUUUGUAACCAUUAUUUUCACAUUCACUCAUUGACAAAUUUCCCAGAGUUUGUAUUUUGAUUGGGCCACCUUUAAUGAUGUUGUUCUACACCGCACACCCUGUUCUUGGUUACCUCCAGAGUCACUACUUACCCUGAAAUAAACCACAUAUCAAGUCCUCACUCUCUUUGUCAUAAAUCUGAGCUUGCCUUUCCUGUACAAUACAUGGAAACAGUCCCUUCCAACCUAUGGAAA